AUGGAGACUUUAGUUGCUGCUCAUCAUAGGAACCAGAAUCAUAAUCAGUAUUAUGGUAGGAAACGAGGACGUGGAUCAACGAAAUUUGGUUCAUGUGGAUCUGCGCCGGCCAAGAACUUUUGGGGAAAUAGUUGUAGGACAUACGAAUCUGCAGCUGGUUUAAUCCCUACACCUUUGAAAUCUGCCUCUACACCUGUUUCUAAGAAAAGCUUCUAUGCUUCUCGCUCGUCCAGAACCUCGCCAUCAUCUGUUAAUAACAGUAGAAAAUGCUCGGAGCAAAAUGCCAGGAGAAUUGCUGGCCCUAUCCCAAUAAAAUUGGACUUUGAGAAGGAGGGGAAGUUGCAUUUCUCUGAGAGCUGGGCUGGGACUGCUUGCUCAAUUUCUCCUCCUCCAAGUUCUUUGCCCUUGCCUGUGUUUGCUCUUCGGCCAAGGAGGACAGUUUCACUUGAUUUGCCUAAAAUGGUUGCUGAAAUUGAUCUACCCCCCAUUGCGAAAUCUGCUCCUACUUCCCCAGCAAGGGGGUGCAGUCCUUCAGCAAGUGGUCUAUUUGACAGCAUUGAAUAUGCAACUACGAUGCUGCGGCGAAUCCUUAAUCUUGAAGUUAUUGACGAGUGA